ACCAACACCGUUUCCCUUCUUUUGUUUAUUCCAUGUUAGUGCGUGCUUCCCUUCCCUUUUUAUAUUCAAGCAUUCAUUGCCUUCUCUUCCUCAACUUCAAGCUAUGAUGAUGAUCUAAUCUUUAUUUAUUGCACCGAGUAGAAGACACACACACACACACGCACUUGUGACUUGUGGUGCUUAUACUUGGUCUUCUUCCAGUGGCUUCUCCCUUGUCUUACAACAACUCUCUCUCAAUCACUCAAUGGCAGCUUUCUCAAUAACCCACUUCUCUAUUCCUAUGUUUAAAGAGCUUUCAUUUGAUAUUUCACCUUAUGUCAACUAUAGCUAUCGGUAUCACCUGGGAAGCAGAACAACAAACAAGCAGAUGAAGAAACUGAUACGGGUCAAAGCAACAGUGGCUGAGGCUGCGCGUACUGUUUCGAAGUCAACGCAAACUGUGGCUGAAAAUGGUGGGGAUCGAACCCCUCAGAAGAAGCAGGUUCGGGUACUUGUGGCGGGUGGAGGGAUUGGUGGCUUGGUUCUUGCUUUGGCUGCAAAGAGAAAGGGGUUUGAGGUUGUGGUUUUUGAGAAGGAUAUGAGUGCUAUAAGAGGGGAGGGGCAAUAUAGGGGUCCAAUUCAGAUACAGAGCAAUGCUUUGGCUGCUUUGGAAGCUAUAGAUUUGCAGGUUGCUGAUGAAGUUAUGAGAGUUGGUUGCAUAACCGGUGAUAGAAUCAAUGGGCUUGUGGAUGGGGUUUCUGGCUCUUGGUACAUCAAGUUUGACACAUUCACUCCUGCAGUGGAACGAGGGCUUCCAGUCACAAGAGUUAUUAGUCGAAUGGCUUUACAAGAAAUUCUUGCUCGUGCAGUUGGGGAAGAUGUUAUUAUGAAUACCAGUAAUGUUGUUGAUUUUGUUGAUCAUGGAAACAAGGUAACGGUGGAGCUGGAGAAUGGUCAGAAAUAUGAUGGAGAUCUCUUGGUUGGAGCAGAUGGGAUAUGGUCCAAGGUGAGGAAAAAAUUAUUUGGGCCAACAGAAGCUACAUACUCUGGCUAUACCUGUUAUACUGGUAUUGCAGAUUUUGUGCCAGCUGACAUUGAAUCUGUUGGGUACCGAGUUUUCUUAGGACACAAGCAAUACUUUGUUUCUUCAGAUGUUGGCGCUGGAAAGAUGCAAUGGUAUGCAUUUCACCAAGAACAUGCUGGUGGUGUUGAUAUCCCCAAUGGAAAAAAGGAAAGGCUGCUUAAGAUAUUCGAUGGCUGGUGUGAUAACGUAAUAGAUUUGAUACUUGCCACAGAAGAAGAGGCAAUUCUGCGACGAGACAUAUAUGACAAGACGCCAACAUUGACAUGGGGAAAAGGCCGUGUGACCUUGCUUGGUGAUUCAAUCCAUGCCAUGCAGCCAAAUAUGGGCCAAGGAGGAUGCAUGGCUAUUGAGGACAGUUAUCAACUUGCAUGCGAGUUGGACAAUGCAUGGCAACGGAGUAUAAAAUCAGGCUCUCCAAUUGACAUCGAUUCUUCCUUAAGGAGCUACGAGAGAGAAAGAAGAUUACGAGUUGCCAUUAUUCAUGGAAUGGCUAGAAUGGCAGCUCUGAUGGCUUCUACCUACAAGGCAUAUCUGGGUGUUGGUCUUGGGCCUUUAGAGUUUUUGACCAAGUUUCGGAUACCACAUCCUGGAAGGGUCGGAGGAAGGUUCUUUAUUGACAAGAUGAUGCCUUUGAUGUUGAACUGGGUUUUAGGUGGCAAUAGCUCCAAACUUGAAGAUAGACCACUAUGUUGCAGGCUCUCAGACAAAGCCAAUGACCAGUUACACAGAUGGUUUGAAGAUGAUGAUGCACUUGAGCGUGCUAUUAAUGGAGAGUGGAUUUUAUCACCAUGUGGAGAUGAAGCAGAUCUUUCGAAACCUAUAUGUUUAAGUCAAGAUGAGAUGAAACCCUGCGUAAUCGGGAGCGAACCGCAAGAAGAUUAUCAGGGCUGUUCAAUUACAAUACCAUUACCCCACGUUUCUCAAAUGCAUGCUCGAAUUAACUAUAAGGAUGGUGCCUUCUUCUUGACUGAUUUGCGGAGUCAACAUGGCACCUGGAUCACCGACAAUGAAGGAAGACGAUACAGGGUACCUCCAAAUUAUCCUGCUCGUGUCCGCCCAUCUGAUGUGAUUGAGUUUGGUUCUCAUAAGGCUUCGUAUCGUGUUAAGGUAACAAGAUCUGCUCCAAGAGUGUCUUGAGGAGGAAGUAGACACAAAUUUUCCAGGAAGUAUAAUUAUGAUUCUAUUUAGUCACGAUUUGUCUUUUUAAGUUACAGAAAAGUUGUACAGCACAAAAAUUGGAGCCGUUGAGCCAACAUCUGCAUUCUUUUAAUGCAGGGUAUUAUACAACAAUGCCAGUCAUUUUUUUAAUUUUAUUUUUUAGUACAUACAAUGCUAGUCAUUUAGGAUCUUAAGAUGUCUUGCUAACAUUUGAUUGUGAUUUACAGAAUGAAAUUAUAUAAUGAUUGAUACGAGAGAAGAAAAUCGAAUUUAUGUUCUCAAUCUGUGUCCAAUAGUUUCAUUAUAUUUCAGAGUCUGGCUAGGGGUAUUUUUUUUUUUAUUUUUUUGAGUUAACUCAACCUUAAUUAUCUUUUUGAGUUGAAUUGUCUUCUUCUAGUAUUUUCAUAAAUUUCGAUUCUUUGAGUCAGUUAUGGAACUAAUCCGGAGUACGGGCCGGAUCAGAAAUAAAUAUAUUUAAAUUUCUCCCGAAAGUGAUAUGUGAGAGGAUUGAACUGAGGGUUUUUUUUUCACUUAUUCAAUUUUCUUGUUAUUAACUGAACUAUCACCUGAUCACUUUUCUUUAAUAAAUUAUUAAGUGUAAAUUAUUCAGCAAACAGGGCCCAAGUUUUUUCUCCAUAGCGUGGGCCGUGGCAGACCUUAUAUCAAGCAAGGAUGUUUUUUACUUAUUCACAUUCACGUAUUUGGGGCACACUUUUAAAUCAAUAACUAACAUAUUUUAUAGCUUUCCAUCUUUUUCAUUCAAAGGUUUUGUAUAUAUAUUUUGGGUUUUACAAGAGUUAUGUUGUAGGAAAAGUGAUUGUGUAAUGUUAUAGAGAUUCGUUUUGCAUGCCUUAGCUUUUUUUUGCUUCAAAAAGUGCGGGCUUCACAAAAUGUUGUGUGUGUAGAAAACUUUUUUGUGUCAUGUGACAUGAUAGAUGCAAAUCUCAUAUUUUAUGUAGCAUGUAUUUUAGCUUGGCAAUAACAUUCUGAGAAACUGUUUUACAAAAAAAAAAAAAAAAAAAAAAACAUUCUAAGAAACUCGUAUUGUUCUGUGCAAGUUCUGGCCUUAGCUCUGGAAUCAAACAAAUUUCGGGUAUGUCAGGGAUUGAGCCUGCAAUCCGUAACUCACCUCUUUUGGUCUUACGAGUUAUAGG